UUCAUCAGGUUUCACCUUAAAUUGACCCCCACUGCGAAGAAUUCGAACAACGCCACUGAUCCCAUCAAAAGUUUGAAGUUUUUCGCUCACCUGCACAUGUGCUCGCGAGGGGGGUUCAACAAUCAUCAGUCACAACAAUCACUGAUGAUGAUGAUGAAAAAAAAUCCAUGAAGUUGUCAAAGUCUUCAGGAAGAAGAGUCAGAAUUUAGUGUUGUUCAAGUGAGACACAAAGUGUUUUUAAUUGCGUUUGUAGAAAACCCCCGAUAAACAUUCAAUUAAGUGAUGUUACGCAGGUCUUUAUCGUAACACGUCAUACUUGAGAUAAAGAAAAGAAAAAAAACGGAUUAAUUCCUUAUCGAAGAGUCGAAAACGGUGCAUAUCAGUGAGCUACCGUCCGCGCAGUUAGUCAUAAAUUAUAACGGGAUCUCCUCUCUGGAAGCAAAACACAAAAUGCCGUUCCAGAAUAAUUUCGCAUCGAAAGUGGUGCUGGUCAUCGCUUCGCUGUUGGUUCACCAUGCGUUGGUUGCCCGAUGUGCCCCUCCGGGUCCCCUUCCGGAAGCAAUGCAUCCGGUGAAUCCGUCUAGUGGAAAUGCCACCUCCAACGAAACACCCCUGCUGGAUGAAAGCAAGUUGCCAUUCCUGAGCAACUGCAACGCAGACAUAAUUUCCGGAAAACUCUGCGACCUGUACCGUUCCCUGGCGACGACGGUUCUGACCCAACGCAAACCGGAACCCGUCACGGUCGAUGAGGUCCAGAAAGUGAUUGCGGAAAAGGUGGAUGCCAACAACUUCUGCGACAACUUGUCCCCAGUGCUGAGGAACAGAAAAGCGAAACAUCCGGAACUGACGGGGGAUGAUAGUCCGCUGGAAAAGGAAGUUCGUUGUAGCCUGUGGUGCGUGGCCAUGAACGAUGACAUGACGGACAUAUACGUGAAACCAAUUUGCAAGGUGUUGUUGUGGGGAUUCCAGCAGGAAGUGCUUGCGAAGGUGCUCCCGGAAGAUCCCGCCAAGAAGGUGGCGGCCAGCGUUGUGGUUCCUCCGAUGCCGGUGGAAAGUGGCAACCUUCCGGAGGUGGUCAAAAACGAUGUUUCACUAGACAAACCGGCAGAAUCUGCGGCAGUGCAGCCUAACAUCUCAGAUCCGGAAAAGCCUGUACAAAAUCAAUCCGGGUCCAAGGCAAAUGGAGCAGAGGAUACGAAAGUAUCGGUUGCAGAUGCCGCCGUGGUAAAUGCUCCCUCUGACAGUGUUGCCGUCAAAUCCCAAGCUACGACCGGCAAGGCGGUGACGACGGUUAGCAGCGUUCAACAGAAGCCUGCACCCUCGGAUAAGGAGAAUCCAGAUGAGGAUGACUUACAGGUGGAUGCCAACGAGGAACAAAACCAGCACAACCUAAAUGAUAUAAAUAAUGAAGAAGGCCUGAACAACAUAAUGGAUAACGGCGAAGAGUACGGCGAUGAAGAUGAGACCGAGCAGCAAUCGAUUCUUCCCAAGGAAAGUCCUGUAAAGGAAGGAAGCCCACUUGGAGGGCAGGACGUGCUGGGCAGCAGAGAUUCGGACGGCUUCAGUGUGGAACAACCGGCCGCAUCAGCGGUGCAAAUCGAACGAGUUGAUCCGUUCUUCGAUCAGGACGACUCGAACUUUUUCUCCUAUUUUAUGUUCAUGAUGUUCGCGUGUAUCGUUUGUUACGUGGCGUACCACAACAAGUCGAAACUGUUGGCCCUGCUGGUGGAAGGACGGAGAUCCAAUUCCGGCCGGGGAGGUUUCAGCAAGGGACGCAAACACACGGCAGCCUACCGAAAGCUGGAUUCCAACUUGGAGGAAGCCAUAACGUCCAACGCAUCGGCGAGCAGCCGAUCAACGAGUCAAAUCAUCUACUAGAGAGGAAUGAGAUUGGAAUAGGAGAUUCUUUCAAGUUCUUUUAAACGAACUGUUCAUAUGAGUUUUGAAUUUGAAAACGACUUCAUUUGGAAUCACCCAAAACCAUUGUUUUUUUUUUGUUCACGUGCAAUCAUCAUGACUAGCUUCGGCUAUCCGGGCUCUCGGUACCUCUAGCAUGCAUCCCAAGCAUAUAUUUGUGAAUCAUUUCGUCUCAUUAAACGAGAACCCCAUCAGGGUGGUCCUUCUUUGUAUGAAAAAAGGUCAAAGACACACCCUCUGGAUUUGGCUUUGGAUCACACAGAAGCUAAUUAUGGAAACUGGAGUGAAAUCGAUGUUUAAAAAUCAUGAUUUGGUAUUACAUUCGGUAAAAUUCUGUUUUUCCAAAUGACAAUUGUAAUGUUCUAACAAUUAACAGUUUUAGAGUUCUAAAGUUUGUCUUGUAGUAUUCGAUGAAACAUUUCAAAGCGUUACUAACAGACAGACAACUCUAAGGUUACUGAUUUCAAAUUUGAUGUUUACUUGAAAAUUGUGGUCAUUGGUCGCUUAUUGCAGUGUAUAGGUACAUUUGCUCUAUUUUCCGAUACAAACUUCAACCUUUUCAUUCUAAUUUCAAUUGUAAUGAUCUAACAAUCAAAUUAACUGUUGUAGUGUUCUAAAGUUAGGCUUGUAGUGUUCAAUGAAUCAUUUCGAUGAAACAUUUCAAAGCGUUACUGACAGACAGACAAUACUUGGAUUAGUGAUUUCAAAUUUCACGUUUAGUGGACUUUUGUAGUCGUUUACUGCAGUACAUAGGUAUAUUGGCUCUAUUUUCCGAUACAAGCUUGAUCGAUUUCAUUCUAAUUUUCACAGUAGCUUCUGAAAGUCCAAUAAUAAAUUUUGAAGGUGUGAUUUUGGAGUUUGAUUAUGUUUCAUACAAGGGUGGUCCAUCCUCAAAACCCAUUCAUGGUAAACUCUAAGUAAACGCCGCCCUUCAAACGCCUUGGCAUUCGAAAAAUUAGGAAAAAAAAGCGAAGCAAAACUACACAAAGCAAAUGGAAACAAUAUCAUUUAAAAAGAAACAUAUGAAAACCAUACCUACUUAUAGGUAUGACCAUAGACGCUAGUAAUAGGGAGAGUUACAUUACAUAACGUGUUUAAAGAAUGCUCGGCAGCUGCUUAACCUUGCUUAAGCUGCUUAUACUGCUGAUGCAGACGAGGUGGAAGGAUGUUGGCAAACAUGAUAAUAAUAAAUUAUAGGAAACGUGAAAAGCACGUGAAGAUAAACAAGUAGUGUUCUAAGAAUUGUGUUCCAACCGAAACCGAACGUGUACAUAACAAUAGAAAAAAAAAAACAAAUAUUUAAACAAUGCUUCACACAAACACACCAACUACAACACUCGGAUCCGUAGAGUAGAAAUAUUAAAGAUAGAAC